AUGGCUACAGAGCUCGGACUCUCCAAUGGUACACGUGGAAUAUUUCAUCAGCUUUUAUACGAAAAAUCUUCAGCGGAUAUUCAAUUUCAAGGCAAGAAUUUUCCAACAAAUCCCAAGUUUAUCACUCAACCAAAAUACGCCUUAAUAGAAUUUCCCAAUUGCAAAAUUGAUUCUGAACUUGCAGAACUUCAAACCAAGAUCAUUCCCAUACCGAUCAGUGAGCAAACAUUUAUGUUUGAUGUUAAGGAGCUUCUUGCGGAGAAUGUUGCAAAAGCCGCAAGAAUUAACAAAAAUCUCAAUCAAGCGUAA